AUGCCACUCCCUGCCACCCUCCCUCAAGAUGAAGAGGACGGCGGUGGCGGCGACCAAGCGACGCCGACUUCUCCUUGCAACUGUAGGCCCAAGAAAAAGUGUCGCGUCUCCGAGGAUGGAUCUCCCCUCGCUACUACUGCAAAGAAGGCCACAAAAGCGAGCAACAAACGAAAGGCCUCAACAAUGGAUAAGGAGAAUACGCCGCCACCCAUGACCUGUGAGGAGACGGUCGAGGCCCUCACCAUAGCGAAAAUGAACAUUAUCAACAAGACAUUGGUGCAGCGCGCGGCGCUCAUUGACGCCAAAAAGACUCAGGCAGAGGCGAGACUGGCCAAGGAAACGACGCGCCAGUUGGAGAUUGAGCUGGAGUUGGCAAGGGCGAAGGCAGAGUCCGAGCUGGAGUUGGCGAGGGCGAGGGCAGACGCCGACCAGCAUCAGCAACAGUUUGAACUCGAAAAACUACGAUUAAUGGGGGACAUUGCCCAAGCGUCCACCCAGGGUACCAGCCACUACGAUUCGCUUCCCGAACCUGCAUUCUACGCGGCCGGGACAAUUGAAGACUUGAAGGACAAGGCUGAGCAAUUGGCCAAGGACAUGGGCAACUGA